CUUUGCGUAACAACACACAUCCUUCUCUCUCUUUUUUAUCUACCUUUCACACACACUCUCUCUCUUUCUUGAGCAUGUUGGUUUGUUGAUGAAGAUUUAAAGAGUCUUCUCUUUGCUUCACUUCCAACUCUUUCUCCCUUUAAGCCUUUAAAGUAUGAAUCAAUGGUGUGUUCUUUCCAAGCUUUUUAUAUCUAUUCUUUUGUGAAAGGUAGCUAGUUAGCCAUAUCUAUCUCUCUUUAGCUAGCUCUCACAUAUAUAUUUUCAAGGAGAAGGAAGAGGGAAAAGAGGGUUAAAGACCCACCUGGCUGCUUCAUUAUACUUGCACUUUUUUAUUAGCUUAGUUUAGCCGGAGAAAAGGUCAGUAAGUUAAAGAAAAUGCCCUUGGAAGGAGUUUUCAUUGAACCCUCCUCAAACCCAGUUCCUGAUCUUUCUUUACACAUUAGUCCUCCCAAUAUUUCCUCUCCGUCUUCCAUAUGUAACAACAACAGCAACAUUAGGGAUAAAAUUGAUGCAAGCUUCAAUUUUUUGGGCAGACAAGAAGCCAUCCGUAAGUCCAACACUGUUGGCUCCAUGAGAAGUGAUUCUCAAGCUUGUAUCGAGCUCUCUCUAGCACAUCCAACUACUGGACUUAAUGAAGAAAGUAUAAGAAGCAGAAGAAAUCUAUCAAGUGCUAGAGUUGAAGAGCUACCUCACAAUAACCCUUAUCGUCAACAAAGUCACCACCAGCAACAUCUUCACCGUUCUAAUGGUACUACUCAUCACUUGAAUCAUAUCAAUCAUGGGGUUUCUUUACUUGAAGUAUCAGAUGGUUUGAGGCCAAUUAAAGGGAUUCCAGUUUAUCACAACCGUUCAUUUCCUUUUAUGUCUUUAGAACAUUCAUCAAGAGAGAAUAAAGAUCCCAAGAUGUGCUUCUACCAAAUGCCUUAUCCUUCUUCCUCUUUGUGCUCUCCUUCUGUUAAUCCUCACUCUUCUUCAUCCACCUCUUCACCUUAUAGCAUUGGAGGAGGAGGUUUAGAUCCCAUGUCCAUGUUAAACUCAUCAGGGCCGAAUCAAGGUUUGCCAGGUCCUUACAAUAGAUUAGCACCAACAACAAGAUUUAAGGGGCUAUCAAUGGAUGCUUUCAAAUCCCACCAAUUGCACCACCACCAUAAUCAAUAUGGAGCUGGAUCUACAGACGGUUCUCCCCAUGGGUUGAUUAGAUCAAGAUUCUUGCCAAAACUUCCAACAAAGAGGAGCAUGAGGGCACCAAGAAUGAGAUGGACAAGCACUCUUCAUGCUAGAUUUGUUCACGCUGUUGAGCUUCUUGGUGGCCAUGAAAGAGCUACUCCCAAGUCAGUUCUUGAACUCAUGGAUGUCAAAGAUCUCACAUUAGCUCAUGUCAAGAGCCAUUUACAGAUGUAUAGAACUGUUAAGACCACUGACAAGCCUGCAGCCUCUUCAGAUGGAUCUGGAGAAGAAGACAUGGCUCCAAUUGGCAGUUUUAGGACUGCAAAUGAGCAAGGUGGACUGCAAAGAGUAGUACAAGCAGAUGGGCCAACAGCACAACAAGACAUGGACUCCCCUUCAACUACUACUUCUGCUGCUACCACUCUCUGGAGUAAUUCUUCAAGUGGUAGAGAGGCAUGGCCCCAGACAAACGCCAGCGACUUUGAUGGGCACAGACAAGGAACAUUCCAGUCACAACAAAGGUCUGGACAACAAAUGGAGGAAUGUAAUUCGACUCAGCUGAAAAGCUACUUGGUAUCUUCUAAUAUGGAUUGCAAGAACCCCAGCUUGGAGUUCACAUUAGGUAGACCAGACUGGCAAGGGAAAGAACAUUGCUGAUUAUGCAUAAACUUUUUUUCUAUAUACCAAGUUUGUCUUGUUGAUUUUUUUUUUCCUUUUAUUUAGUUCCAUGAGUAUUGUUUCAUAGUCUUCAUGAAUGAGAGGAGAGGCAUAGAUAUAUAUAUAUAAAAAAAUGCGGUUGACUUGGAAGGAAAAAAAAAAAGGGUCACUUAGUUCUUCAGUGUCAUUUUAAGUCUUUUUUGCUCGAAGAAAAUGUGUAUGUUUUGUGGUGGAAAAAACAAGAAACAAGAAAUCAGGAGGAGAAGAAAUGAGAAAAAAAAAAGGGGGGAAGUCGGAGUGCUUACCGCUAAUUAAUUCAUUUCAUUAUGUUGAUCAUAUAUGUGUAAUGUGUUCUUGAGCCUAUGCUUUAUUCUAGUUCUGGUUGUAAUCUUAGUGACAUAGAAUGAAGCCUGAAACUAGCGUUGUCAAUGCACAAUGUUAGGCAAUAUAUAGCUAACCAUGCAGGCAGGCAUUAUUUCUGUGUGCACGAUUGCUUCUGGAGCUGAAAUUUGCUAAUGAAACCAGCAAUCAUUUUGAUUUUGGA